AACCCCGAAUCCGAAGGGAUGGCAUACGAACACGACGAAAAAGAAAGGGGUGCGAAAAACCAACCAAAAAUGAAUAUAACAAAAAAACGCGUGUUAAAAGGGAAUGAUUUAAAGGGUACAAACAUUGAAGCCCAACAGAAGCUAGGAAGGCUCCCCUAAACGAACUCGCAUACGAUGACGAUGAACAUUGCCGUCGACGACAUUUAAACAUCGUUUCGCCCCUUCAACCCCCGGGUGACCCAGGCGGGGGUAUUGGCACUGUGUAUUGGUUAGCUGGUAGUGCGUCACGAGCGCUACGCACCCCACCUUCUCAGCGUCAUCAUCCCUUGCAGCGCGCUACCCACCCUCCCCCGGUGUCGGUCCAUCCAUAUUUCGCAACGAUCUCUGGCGCAUUCUCACUCUUUUCGUUUCUCUCUGUCGCUCUCCUGAUGAGUCGGUUGUAGCGGCUGAUGGUGGUGGAUCACGUUUUCGUUAUGUUUUAAUGCGCAAAGUUAUACGCAAAAGCAACCCCCCGCACGGCAGCGCACUCCGAACUAACCCCGUCACACGAACACACACACACACACAGCCGCUAGCUGUCUCGGUUCAAAUUGCGUUGGCAUAUUGUACUCCCGCCGGCUAUAUGCUCCACAACGACUUAAGCCCUUUAUGGGGGGAUGAUGAUGACGAUGAUGACGAUGUUGUGUCCCCACAAAUACAACGACACAAAACGCUCCUAUACAUUGUUCUCGCAGGUGUUCGACGCUCUCAGGCCCGCGACGUUCCUGUCGUGGUGGUAAAGCAAAGGCGCAAAGGGACUUACUACCUUGGAGAAGUUCAGCAUCAGCAGAGGUGAGAAAACAUACAACGUCCACGGCAGGCAGGCAGACAGGCAGACAGGCGGCCAGGUAGCAAAGCCUCGCUAUAGAAGAGAGUACGAGAGAGAGUGAGAGCGCGCGCGCGGCCAUACGCACACACGGGAUUUAGGCUCGCGCGGGUAAAGGGAGACAAACGCGCAUUCGGCCAGAAGUUGUUGUGCUGGAGAGUUUAAACUGAUUAGUCGCGUUAGUUGCUGUUCCUCCAUCGCGGGUGACGGUAAGACUAAACUGUGUAUGUGUGUGCGUGUGUGUAUAGAAACCACAAUAAUAGCUACGCGUAGAACAACCUGAUCGGAAAGGUGUUUUCCCCCGUGCUGCUGCUACAAACAAAGCGGUUCCAAAGUGAUUUGAUACACAAACACCGUACGUGAGCACAAAGGUCGUGUGCUUAGUGCAGCAUAAAAUCGCAUUUAAAAUACCUCUAAUAAGUGUGUGUGUGUGUGUGUGUGUGUGUGUGCGUGAUCAAGCAAUCGUUUUUGUGCGUGCGUAUCUCCCAUACUGCUGCGCUGCUGUUGUGUGUAGCGCUUGUUCGCGUAUUUUUCGCACGUGUUGCCGGUACUUCCGGUGGUGGCAGCAACAGCAGCAACAGCAGCUGCGCGUAUAAGAAAAGUGUUGAUCGCACUCUCUGUCAUCCACUCUCGGCGGAGCAUGGAGCAAAAGGGAACCAACAAUGAACGGCGGGUGGACGACAACCAUCAUCAAACUGGCGGCGAUCAACAGCAGCAACAACAACAACAAGCAGCAGCCAUGAUGAUGUUCGCCGAACUGCGGCAGGAAAUUGGCAAGAUCGAUGUGUACGCGGAAACGAUCGAGCUAACGUACCAUCUGCGAAAGUUCGGUGAACUGUUCCGGCGACGCAUUACCACCGAGCAGCAGCUGAAUGAUCUUUUCCUGCAUCUCAACGAGGCGGCACUGGCCGACAGUGGGUUUGCGAUACAGUUUGCGCUCGUGUUCGCUUCCCGGCAGCUGGGCGACGUUCCGAUCGGUGGCACGAACGUGCGCAACGCCAUGAUCACCACGCUGCAGCACAACUUUCUCGCGAUCGAGCGGCUGAAGCAGGAGGGCGGGGAACGGUUCCACAACUCGAUCAUACUGCUCGGCGAGUACUACAACCGCAAGAUGGUGGGCCAUGGUUGUCGUAUUAAGAUUCUCGGCCAAUCGUUGCUACUGCUGCUGACGUCCGAGCUGGAGCAGGAGAUUAACCGGAUCUGCCAGCAGCCGGCGUCCGCGCAUCGGUUGGAUCCAAAGUUUGCCAAGGUGCUGCUGCAGCAAAUCACACUGAACGGGACGGUUUGGAAGGAGGUGCACCAGAAGGAGGCGAACGAUCUGCUGUACACGAUGCGGAAAGCGUUGAUUGUGAUACCGAACCUGUGUGCGCCGGCGAAAGCCUUCCUGCUGAUGGCGCUCGAUCUGUACAGUGGGAGCUUGGGCAACGAAUUGCUCGACAAGCUGUACGGGAAGUAUCUUACCGAGCCGAGCAAGGAGGCCGAGCAAGUCGCUGUGAACGGUGGCACAUCAAAUGGUCCUACUGAUCCGCCCAGUGCGCACAAUCAAUCGGCGGUCAAUGGUGAAAAGGGUGUGGAAAAGCAGGCGAAAAAAGAUUCCCAAAAGGACACAGCGGUACAGCAGAAGCCAAAGGGAAGCAAAUCCAACGCACCAUCGGGUCGCUCCACGGGCGGUGGAAAGGCCGCCAACCAGAACCUCACCACAAACGAUAAGGAAAACAAACGCCGCACCACGCAAACGACGAAGGCAGCUCCGGCAGCGCAGAAAACUUCCCCGAAAGCGUCCACCGGACGUUCGAUUCGGGUGCACGAGGACGGCAACAUUGUGGCCACCAUUGUGACACGUGACACUCCGACAACGCCGACCAAGAAACAUCACCCCGCCGCAGCAACGCAACCUGCACCAGUGCCAAAUGCCGCCAGCCCACGCUCUCCAACGAAAAAGGGACUAUCGCCGCGCAUGGAAAAGCUGGCAGCACUGCCCAAGAUCACGAUCACCUGUGCGACACCGUCGCCGAAACGGGCGCAGGACAAACCACCAUCGGCCGUAUCGCCCCGGGCCGUGCUGGGACCAUCGAUAGGCAAACAGAAGCCACACCAGCCGCCGAGAAGUCCCACCCACAGCCGCGAGGGACAGCAGUACGGGGUGAGGAACGGGUCGGAAGCUUCCCGUGGGCGACAGGAUCGUGCUCGUGGUGCUGCGACAGCUGGCAAAGAAGCAACGGUGCGAGUUGUUGAAGCCAUUUCCCCAGGGGGCGUUAAUGCACCGAAUGAAACACGAUCACAAUACGAAACAAGGGUCGAGGAACCGCAACCGGUUGUGCUACCCGAAUCGCCAAAGCGUUACGAUUGGUCCGAUCCGGCGCCAGUCGAUCCUACAGAAAGUUGGAGCUACGUUCCACCACCACCAUCACAACCGGAGCAGCCUAGCAAGACGGUCGAAUGUGCGACAACAGAACCGGCGGCAAGACACGAUCUUACCCCCAGCGACGAACCCGGCACGAAAAAGACGGACGACUCAACCGGUGCGGCAGACGUAUCGAAGCCGAAACACAAGGUGAAACCUUCCUACUUGCGGGAGGAAAAUGUGGAAAACCUCUCGUGGGACGUGCUGAUUCCGCUGGAGGACGAAUCGCCCCAGAAGGUGAACCCGCACACCAAAUCGUUCCUAUCGUUUUUGGCCAGUGAAUGAACGCGGUGAGGGUGCCUUAAAUAGUAUUCCCCUAGCAGCAAAAAAAAACGGAUUGUAUAAUAAUGGUACCUUAGGCAUGUUAAGCGCAAACAGCAGCAAACCGAGCAUUUAGUGAUGAAAUAGGGUUAAGAAACGUGUGUAACUGUAGAGCGUUGUAGUGCAUGAUUGCGUUUAAAAUUGUGCCGUCUUUCGGAACGCCGGAUGAAGAGAAGAAAGCAUCAACAACUAGACAAAAAACAACGAAAAAAGAAAUACAAAAAGUGUCUUUUGAUAACAGAAUGA